CAACAGGAAGCGUCCGGAGAAAGCGACAUGGCAAGUAGAGGCGGAGCUACCCGACCCAAUGGGCCCAACGCCGGCAACAAGAUCUGCCAAUUCAAGCUCGUGCUCCUGGGGGAGUCGGCGGUGGGGAAGUCAAGUCUGGUGCUCCGCUUCGUCAAGGGACAGUUCCACGAAUUCCAGGAAAGCACCAUCGGAGCCGCCUUCCUGACUCAGACGGUAUGCUUGGACGACACGACAGUCAAGUUUGAAAUCUGGGACACAGCCGGUCAGGAACGCUACCACAGUCUGGCGCCCAUGUACUACAGAGGCGCCCAGGCCGCCAUUGUGGUUUAUGAUAUCACCAACGAGGAGUCGUUUGUGCGGGCAAAGAACUGGGUAAAAGAGCUCCAGAGACAAGCCAGUCCCAACAUUGUCAUAGCGCUGGCAGGCAACAAAGCAGACCUGGCUAGCAAGCGAGCGCUCGACUUCCAGGACGCACAAUCAUACGCCGACGACAACAGCCUGCUCUUCAUGGAGACAUCGGCCAAGACGUCCAUGAACGUCAAUGAAAUUUUCAUGGCCAUCGCUAAGAAACUCCCCAAGAACGAGCCCCAAGCAGCCGGCGCCGGCAGCGGGCGGAACCGGGGUGUUGACCUGACCGAGACGGCCCAGCCCAGUAGCCGCAGCUGCUGCAGUACCUAA